GGAAACACAUAACCUAGCCAUCUCCAACUGCACCCAAGUUUAAGGUUUGAUACUUAGAACCCCUUUGCGCCGCAGGUGAACUGGACCCUGAGAUUGGCUCUUGACCCGAUUAGACUCCAUCCGCCGCGCGGACCAGGACGGGAUCCCACCUCUGGACUUUCUCUUUCUUUGACCGCUGCACAAAACAGCGUCCGGCACUGCUGCGCGCUGCCUGUGCCAACCAAAAGAGGGACCCGUCGAGCACCGACCCGUUACCUACGUACCUCUACAUACCCGAGUCCACCACUCAGCCUCAACCAAACCUAACCAUCCCCCCCCCCGUCGGUCCUGCUAGAGGUAGCCAAGAGAACACCAACAGACUAGCGAAACGACAAACACUCGCAUCAUCAAGAGCCGCGCCGAAGAGCGGCUUCCCACCACCCCCCAGACGACGACGACAACGAAGGACGGACCUCCACGUUCGGGACAAUUGAUCGACCAGGCUACUACCUCUACUAGUCGGCCUUACCCUUUCCUCUGAAACACAGGCUACACCCAGGCCUACCGAAUCCCCAAUCCGCAAUCCUAAUCCCCACGUGUUACCGCGAAACCGAAAUUAUUUCAAUUCCCCCUGUCCGCGAAAACACGGGGAAAUAAUACCAGUGCACAUACGCCCAAACUCGGCCGACCACAUUCGCUUCGUGCCGCCCAAUCAUCACAUCAGAAACAGUCCCCGAUAAAGAAAAAAAAAACGAAGAAGAAGAAGAAGAUGGCAUCAACAUCAGGCUUGACCCGGCGCAGGGGCGCGGGAGGAGGCAGCAGCGACGUCGGCGGCGGCGGCGGCGGCGGCGGCGCUUCCGACACGAGGGACGUUGGGCCCGACACGAGCUACGAGACGGGCGAGAACGGACACAGGAUUGCCUUCGAUCCCCGCGACCUGAGCGAGAGCGCAGAGAGGAGCAAGCAACCCAAGCUAACGCUGAUGGAGGAGGUCUUAUUGCUUGGCAUCAAGGAUCGCGAGGGCUACCUUUCGUUCUGGAACGACAACAUCUCCUAUGCUCUUCGUGGAUGCAUUGUUCUCGAGCUGGCCUUCCGCGGCCGCAUCAGUAUGCAAAAAGACUCUUCCCGGCGGCGCUUCCCCCUGGCGGACCGAAUCAUCGAAGUCAUUGACGACACUCUAACGGGCGAGGUGUUGCUGGACGAGGCCCUGAAGAUGAUGAAGACGAGCGAGAAGAUGAGCGUCAGCUCCUGGAUUGACUUGAUGAGCGGCGAAACCUGGAACCUCAUGAAAAUCGGCUACCAACUGAAACAAGUCCGCGAGCGGCUCGCAAAGGGUCUGGUCGACAAGGGCAUCCUGCGCACGGAAAAGCGCAAUUUCCUACUGUUCGACAUGGCCACACACCCCGUCGUCGAGGGCGCCGCCAAGGAGGACAUCCGACGGCGUGUGCGCAACGUGCUGACGCAGCGCACCGUCGUGCUCACCCCGACCCAGUACCUGCCCGAGGACCUCGAGUUCCGGUACGUGCGGACAAUCGCCAUGGUGUGCGCGGCGCACGCAGCCAACGUGCUCGAGAACGCGCUGAGUACCCUCGGCCACGAGGCGAGGGAAAACGCCUUUUCCAUGGCGGACGAGCUGUUGCUGCAGUACAGCCAGUGGCCGUUUGCGGCGAGGCCGUUGCCUGGUGGGAAUGGUGGUGUGGGGGCGAACUUGCCGCAAGUUAUUAAUGAGGAGGUCAACAAAGCAAAGGACAAGGAACUCCAGCUCGAAGUCGUGGCGGCUUGCUUGAGCGUAUUCACUCGCCUUGACUCCCUGCUCUAAAUGGCGCACGGCGGGAAUUGUGAGAAAGCAAACAGCCCAGCCAUUGAGGACAAGCGUGGGAGACACCCCGAAAAGCGAGAAUGAUGAUGAUGUGUUGUGCUGAGUGAGUGAAAGUCGGGGGAAGGAAGCCUUUUCACGAUUACACUACGAACAAGGGGUGGUGGGUGGGCGCUGGGUCUUCGAGCGAGCGAGCGGGCAAGGGGUCAGUCAAGGCCGGCCUUCCUGAUCCAACAACACGGAGGACGCAGCGCAUUUUACCUGAUUCACUCUAUCACACCAGCGAAGCAACCGCGCAGAAGGGCCUACUAUUUUACUUAAUAUCUUCACCUCGUCUCCUUGUAUGGUAGGGUAGGUAUGAUGAUGAACAUUUUUUUUAAUUUCCCUCUUUUGGUCUCCCACUUACUACUCUCUUCGAGGUCGAAUAGGAGGAGGACGGGUUGGAGAUGGUAAGAGGCUUGGGUUUUACUUGGAGGAUAUGAGAGGAUUGGUGUGGAUAGGUGGGCAGAUACCGAUGGACAAUGAGGCGAAGCGAAGAUGCGAAAAUCAAAAAAGAACGGAAAAAAGAAAAAUAUGACAAUGAAGGGAUGAGUGCGUCGACCGGGGCGAAAGCGUAGUGUAGUGGUCUCACACAUUGAUUGAUGCUGCACGUUUUCUGUACGUCUACUACACCUCUUACUUUAUCAUGGAAGUAAUGGAAUAUGAACAGGAUUAGGUUAGAGAAAGACGGUGGCGGUAACCCCAUGGCAACCAAAAUAGCUAAAUUUUCAGUGAUGGGUACGAAAAAAAAGGCAUAUGCUUUGUUCAGUCG